AUGGCUCUAGGCGCAAAAGCCCCGGCCAGGCAAACGGUCAUCAUUGCCGCCGUGCUGGUGACGCUCGUCUGGUUCCUCGCCCUAUACACGAGGACCGACUCCCUUACUACUACUCCUCGUCAGAAUUCUUGCAAGACCACCAAGCUCAUCAUUCUUCUCUUCUCCCCUUUUCAGACACAUGCGACGGCGGCGGGCGAGGAUGCCCAGGACGUAUUAGAGCUCGACCCGGCCGUUGUACCACCAGCACACACGGUGAAACCCACGAAACCAGCCAACCCAUACAUCACCGAGGGCCAGCUCAACCCCUCUGGCCGCGCCCUCGAUGGCCCCCUCUCUCCGCCCGCCGACGAUCCAUGGCGCACCCUCAUCCUCUACGCCUACUCCGACACGCCCGAAUCCCGCGAGAACCUGCGAUAUUUCCUCCGCCACGGCCUACACUCGGCGGCCGACUUCAUCUUCAUCAUGAACGGCAUCGACAAUGAGACCGUCGCUUCCUUCCAGAUCCCUGAGGGCGCCUCCAACAUCCGCACGGUGCUGCGCCCGGCUACAUGCUUCGACCUGGGCGCCUAUGGCGAAGUGCUGCGCAGCAAAGAGCAAUGGACGCAGGCGGGCUGGGGCGCAGAGCGCAUCCCGCUCUGGAGGCGGUACAAGCGCUUCAUCAUGCUCAACUCGAGCGUCCGGGGGCCCUUCCUCCCACACUGGGGCCAGGGCGCCUGCUGGUCCGACCUCUUUGUCCAGCGCGUCACCAUCGACACCAAGCUCGUGGGCCUGACCGCCAACUGCUGGCCCUUCUUCCACGUGCAGGCCGACGUGUGGGCAACAGACUUUGUCGGCAUGGAGCUGCUCAUCAACCCGCCCUUGCCCGGCCCCAACUCGACCGUCGACGACUUUGCCGACUGGUUCGCCCCCGUGGGGCUCGCCGAAUGCUACCCUGACCUGAGCCGCGCCGUGCACGCCGAACUGGGCGCCACGCGCGUGAUACUGGAGGCCGGGCACAAGGUCGACCUCAUGAUGAGCGCCUUCCACGGGAUCGCAAACUACAGCGCCGUGUGCAGCCCCCAGGAGCAUGCGGAUCUCUUGUACAAGGACAAAUACUUUGGCACCAACGUGCAUCCCUACGAGACGGUGUUUACCAAGACGAACCGCGAUCUGGACCGGACCCUGCUUGACAGGUUGACCGAGUGGCACUGGCAGAGCGAGUGGACAAGUUGGGAUGCCUGCGGGGCGUUCUCAAGGUGGUGAAAGAGACAGAAAAUGCCGCUGGGGGAUGUCCAUGCGUCUAUAUAUAAAUAAAUAUGCUGCGCGGGCUCAUGUAUUAUAUGAUCAGGCGGUGCUCUACUAUCUGAGCUUUAUCAACGCCAUUAGACUGUUGUAUUAAGGGAAUAGCUUCUCUAUCACGAGGCCUGCGUCCUAAUCGAGAAUAACUUGAGGAUCUUAAAUAUAUU